AUGGAACAUAAUCGACAGACGAUGCAAAAUGGAUUUGGCGGAGGAGAUGUUGAGAGGAUGAACCUGAUCAUAGCCGCGGCCACGGAGUUGGUGGACGACGUUUUAGAUCAGGUUCAUUGGAUGUUGGAUCCGAGAGAUCACUCGAUCAUUGUGGACGACAACAGCAUGGUCGAAAGAGAUGGAUCGUCAAUCGUCGACGAGUCAUUGGAAAUCUCGCCGAGAGGAUUGCUCGACCAGCUGGUUGACGAGAUCACAGUGUACUCGGCUGUGGAACGGAUGAAUUCCUCCGAGUCUGACGUUACAGACGACAUCCACGGCGACGAUCCAGAAGAAAUCCUGCUGCACCAGUUCGAUUCUUCUAGAGAACUAGUUGCAGUGAGCACUAGACAUUUUCUUGAAGAUCGGGCGUCCCUGAAGCAGGACACAGGAGUGGUGGGUAUGUCCGGCUCAGAACUGGUCAACGAGACAGCCGUCGAGGAGACGUCUGACCCAAUGGAACCGACGGACGAAGUCGAGAACUCUUCGAGUCUCUGGAGCGAUAUGGAGCAAGUGAUUUGCACUGAGCCGACGCCAAAAAAGCGUAGAUCGUUCCUGUCGGCACUCGGGAGGCGUCUUCUAAGUGCAGGCAGAAAGUUGUUUUGUUGCGGCGGCGGUCGACGUGUACGGCGUCGAGCAACAGACACACCGUUGGAAUGA